AUUAAUUCCUAAUGUAUUUGUACUUUUUUUAUCAUGUCAAUUUUUCCCUUGUUCAGUGGUACUCUUCACUCUAACCACUAUUAAACACAUUUUUAAACGCUAUUAAACACAUUUCUAAACACUUUAAUAGUAAAAAUUGGUAGGUAAACAGUAGGUUGUGUAAAUAUUUGGUAUAAAAGAGAAGAAUGAGGGGGCUAAGUGUUGUAAUUUGGGUAAUAAUUGGUAUUAUCCCCGGCAUAGCGCUGAACCUGAAUAAAUCGAAAAUCUCACUCCCCAAAAUACAAAACAGAAAUUAUCAUAUGAUUAAUAAAUUUUCACUCAACGACGAGUUCAGCACCAAUAUCUUCAAACAACAAGUGAUAAAUGAGUUGCGUGGUAGUGAGGAGGUAUUGAAGGGUAUAAUAUUUAAGAUACUGAACCACUUUUACGAGUACGUCAAGUACCGUUUCCUCACCACCUUCUUCAACCUUUACAUCAUCAACCCAUUCGAUAUUCAAAUGGGAAACCUCCUCAACACCAAACUCAACAACUAUUAUCUCACCAAUAAGUUGAAUAUACCUACGUAUUGUACGCCGUUAUCGUUUGGAUUAUCGUAUGAGAAGGUGCGUGUGGGUGACGGGAGUGAAAGUUGGUUGAUAAAAUCGGGUAAUAAAACUAACAAGGCCUUCGUACUUAUGCACGGCUGGUUCGGGAAUCCUCAAUCCACUCUUCCCUUCCUCAAUACUCUCAAACAAAUUGGAGUGUUGAGUGAUUACAAUGUGUUGAUACUGAAUUUGUAUGACAAUAGUAAUAUAUUUGAGAACAACGUUGGACUCAGAGGCAUGAAACGGUUAUACGACGGGAUGAAGUUUCUCCACGACAAUUAUAACACCACACACUUCAACAUUUACACACAGUCCGUUAGCUCAAUCUCCGCCAUUCUACUAUACCACUUUCUACAACAUUACAAAGUUUCUCAUAGUAACACAGGGGACACAGAUGACUCAGUUGGUACAGAGGAUACUGAGAACAAUAAUUCUGUUGGUACGGAGAUGUUAUGGGAUAUGAGAGGAUUUGGGAUGGGCCUGAGGUUGGACGAGGAGUUUGUGAGGGCUGUGGAAAUUGACAAGUUAAUCCUCGAAUCGCCCGUGAUCAACGUUAAACAAUAUUUACUCAACGAUAAAUACUACAGCAACAUCAUCAACAAUCUCUACCUCAACAACAAAUACUUCUCCAAUUUUAAUGAGUAUAUAAACAAGUUGAACAUAUGUAAGUAUGUGGAUAAGGAUUUGUUGCGUCGUGUGAAUGUGUUGCAAGGCGUGAAGGACGAGAUAACUACGUUGAAGAUGUUACAGGAGGAGUUUUCUGGCUUGAGGAAGAUUCCGAAUUUGUUCCUCUUUAAGAAUUCGGGGCAUAUUGACCUCUGUAAGAAUGAUUCUAAAGACUACCUCAGCACCGUCAAGUACAUUCUCAAGAAUCCAAUCCUCAGAUUCUUCCAAUACAAUACAAAUAAAGUUAAUAAACUAUAAA